ACUUUGGAGAAAAAAAUGGCCGCUUCUGACAAGGAAAACGUGAGUUCUCUGACUCGGGCGCCCAACAAACCAGUGAAGGUGGACAAGUGGAAUGGAUCAGCUGUCAAGAAUGCGCUGGAUGAUGCAGUCAGAACCAUCAUGACGGAACACUUCAGCUACGUGGAGAACCAUGGCAUGAUUGACAGGAGGCUCGCCAUCUGCACGAUAUCCUGUGUGUUUGCCGUCACAGCGUUGAUCUAUGACUACCUGCAUCCGUUCCCCGAGUCCAGGGUGGUCCUUGCCGCAUGCGUCAUUUCAUACUUCGUCAUGAUGGGGAUUGGAACCCUGUACACCACCUUUGUGGAGCGCAACCAUUUCCUGGUGGUUCAUCAGAAGGACCCGGCUGGGGUCGACCCCGACAACGUCUGUAUCUUAGACUCCUACAUGAAGAGGUUUGACGACAUGUACACCCUGGUUAUGACUUACAAAGACAGUACCUCCAAGACAGAACGUGAGGCCUCGGUCACCAAAUCGGUGGGCAGUUGGUUCGACGAAAACGGCCUGUUACUAAUUGACUUGUUCACUAAUGACGUUAGCUCAUUACAUAACGGCCUUUUGAAUGAGAAGAAACAAAAUUGAACAUGUAAAUUUUCAAUUUUUUUCUGGUUUUUUUGGUGUCUGUAUUGUUCAGUAUUUAGCAUUGGGUAUCUAGAUUUUGUCAUGUGUUGUCAAGGUUUACAGUAAUAAUGGGAUUAAAUAAAAGUAUUUGGCCAUUCAACGUCCUAAAGUACCGCUUAAUAUUGCCUUAGUGUUACCAUGCCAACCAAAUGUUUCCAGUAAGUAGUGAAAAAGUCAUCUGAUAUGCAUAUCGAAGUGUAAAUGGAACAGAAAUGAGAAAAACUUGUUGGGAUAUUUCUUCAACAGAUUUCUUCAAAAACUGACAUAAGUUUUGUUUAAUUUCCUCAAAAGUUGGAAUUAGGUGCAAGGCUCAUAACUCUGUAUUUCUCGAAUUUGAAGCACUUUUUCAAAAAGAUCUCAAUGUUUGCAAGGAAUUUCCUAAUUUCUCUUUCUUUCUUUUUUAUUUAUUUGUCAAAACUUACUCAUAUUACCAGUCAUAUUUUGUUCUUAAAUAAUUUCUUCAUGACCUUGUUUAUUUGUGAUGGGUAAAUGAGCGACACAACAACAGACCUAUAAACAUUCCAUUUCUAUUUUUAUUUCUCCUUUAUUCUACAAAACAUUUACAAAUAUUUAAAAUUAGCAAUCCCUGUUGUUGCAAAAGUGUUCUCACAAAUGUAAAAAUAAAAAACAAUGCAGCACCGAAAAGGCACACUAUCGGUAAAACCCAACCUAAUAAAUUUUUCAGAAAGAAUUGCCUGUAAACAUUUAUAAUAUAAAGAAUUUUUUUGCAGGAACAUGUAAAAAUUAAAAAUAAAAUAACAAAAAUAGGAAAGGUGUAACAUAUGUUGUUCACCCAAGUUAUUUCUUUUUAAAAGCUCUCUUCUCAAUGUUUGCAUAUGUUAUAUGAAGAAAAUAUUUGCAGGGAAUUUCAACCAAAUUUGUCAUUCCAUUCAAUUGAAAAUAUAACAACUUAAAUCUUGGACAACAAGGCUGGCUUUAGAAAAAUAACCCUGUAAAUUAUCUUAAAGAACUUUUAUCCAUUUCAUGAUCACACAAUUUGAGGCGAACCAUCUCAAUACAAAAAGUGGUGUGCUUUUUUUUAAUUUACAUGAUUCAGUAGGAAAUCAAAUCCCCAUAUAAUUUAGUUAUUUGGAAUUCUUGCAUUUUAUAAUAGUGUUCCUGCCUACAAUGGUUUUUGAGAAAUGUGCUCAUGUUGUAAGGUGCAUAAUAGCUACAUUAAUAAUGUGUUACCCUUUUACUAAGGUGCAUUUAAAUGUUACAAAGACGUUAAUUCCGAAAGGGAACCAGACUGGAUACAGUUAUUGGUAUUUUCGAUUGGAGAAGAAAAUAACAUGACUUUACUUGUAGGUGAAAAACAAUAUUGUUUUCACAAUGUGGUAUCUCCUUUUAGUGAAAGCUAAUGGAUUCAAAAUAAAAUAACAUUGACAUGUAAUGCCA